GCGGCGCCAGGCGCGGGAAGAUGGCGGCAGCGGCGGCGGCGGCGGCGGCCGAGCAGCAAAGUUCCAAUGGUCCCGUAAAGAAGUCCAUGCGUGAGAAGGCUGUCGAGAGGAGGAAUGUCAAUAAGGAGCACAAUAGUAAUUUUAAAGCCGGAUAUAUUCCAAUUGAUGAAGAUCGCCUCCAUAAAACGGGGUUGAGAGGGAGAAAGGGCAAUUUAGCCAUCUGUGUGAUUAUCCUCUUGUUUAUCCUGGCUGUCAUCAAUUUAAUCAUAACACUUGUUAUCUGGGCUGUGAUCCGCAUCGGACCAAAUGGCUGUGACAGCAUGGAGUUCCACGAAAGUGGCCUGCUUCGGUUUAAGCAAGUAUCUGACAUGGGAGUCAUACAUCCUCUUUAUAAGAGCACAGUAGGAGGAAGGCGGAAUGAAAACUUGGUCAUCACGGGCAACAACCAGCCUAUUGUUUUUCAGCAAGGGACAACAAAGCUCAGUGUAGAAAAGAACAAAACUUCUAUUACAAGUGACAUUGGUAUGCAGUUUUUUGACCCGAGGACUCAGAAUAUCUUAUUCAGCACAGACUAUGAAACUCAUGAGUUUCAUUUGCCAAGUGGAGUGAAAAGUUUGAAUGUUCAAAAAGCAUCUACUGAAAGGAUUACCAGCAAUGCUACUAGUGAUUUAAACAUAAAAGUUGACGGGCGUGCUAUUGUGCGUGGAAAUGAAGGUGUAUUCAUUAUGGGCAAAACCAUUGAAUUUCACAUGGGUGGUAAUAUGGAGUUAAAGGCAGAGAACAGCAUCAUCCUAAAUGGAACCGUGAUGGUUAGCACAACUCGCCUACCUAGUUCCUCCAGUGGGGACCAGUUUGGUACCGGUGACUGGGUACGCUACAAGCUCUGUAUGUGUGCAGAUGGAACUCUCUUCAAAGUACAAGUAACAGGCCAGAACAUGGGCUGCCAGAUCUCAGACAAUCCCUGUGGAAACACUCAUUAGAAGAACCCGCGAGGCCACCAAUAUGUUCAUAUAUUGACCUUUUUUUAAGAGUGUGCAUGCAAAUCAUGUUUUUAGAGAGUUUGCGAUAACUCUUACUUUAUCCGCAGAGCACUAUUGUAUCUAUUAUAUGACCUCCAUAUUGAAAAGAUUCUCAGAGAGCCUAAAUUUUAGCACAUUUCUUUAAGUUGCACUGAUCUUCAAAUGGCAAUUCUCUAAAAUAAUUACCAGAAGUGAAUAGAAGCAAAAUUAAUCUCUAAAGAAGUGUUUUUAAAACUCCACUCUUCCUGGUCUAAAGGAUAACUCUUUAGGCCACUCACUAUAAGAAAGCUUUUGGUAACUAAUGGGGAUACACCCACUUAAGAUAGUUGAAAGGGACACCAUUAAUAAAUGUCACAUGCUCUGUCUUUUGGCUUCCGAGAGAAAAGACAGAUUUUUGAUGCAUUAAUUUUCAGCUAUAUUCUCAAUGCAAGUGAAGUCAUUAAAGAACUUCACAUAUGUGAGCUGGCAUGAAACUAUGGUUCCUUAGUUUUGCACCAGGAUGAAAAUACUCUGUAAUAGAAUGUUUACUUGUUAAAUACUGAUAAGUCGUGUUCACAGUGUGGUAGAAAUUGAAGCACCGUCUCAGCUUUAACUAGCAAACGAUGAUAGCGGUCAUCUACUGUGCAUCUUACACACCCGAGGCACUGUCCCAGGCAUCUUGUGUGUGCAAUCUCUAAUUCUCACCACAGCUCUGCAUGUAGGUGUUACUAUUCCAGUUUUACCCAUUAGGAAACUGAGGAUGAGAACAGUUAAGAAGCUUGCCUGAUGUCACAUGGAAAAGAGCAGGGUUGAGAUUGGAAUUCACAUGGGAUUCAAAUAAAAUGUACCUGCUUCCAACUCCCAUGUUCUGUUCACUAUCUGCACUGAAGUCUUAAUUAUUUAAAACUCCAGAAAAAUGAAUGAAGAGUAACUCAAACUUACCUAAGUAGAUAAGAAUCAAACAAAAAAGUUAUGCUUACUCAGGUUUAAAAAUAAAUAAAUAAAAUGGCCAACAGCUAUCAGGUUUUAAACUAGCUUAAGCCAAUUCCAAAAUUAUAAUUUAGAGAAGUCAAAUUAGUGUAGGGGUGGGUUACCCCAGUUUCCUAACUGAUGGGCCUUGGCACUUUGGAGAACCUGAAUUGGGUAAAAGGAUUGCUAACUUAUACCCUCAGCCCUCAGGGGAGCGCAGUGAGAAGGGAGAGGACGUGGCCCCAGGCAAGUCCUGGUGGCUGGGGAUGGCUGGGAAGGUUACCACAGCCACGUGCCCUACAAAUAGUCCCCUUUGCAGUGUGCGCCACGCCUUGAACAAAGUUGGGAAGCGCUGGAGUUAAGGGUGUUGAUACAGGAAAUAAUUUUUAAGUAAUUUUUGAGUAAGUAUGAGACUUGAUCUCUGCUCCUCAUAUUACAAUCCCAUCAUAAUGAUCAACCCUCAAGCCAGUUGACUUUUAAGGUAUUUUAUAUUUGACUUAAAAGGGACUCUCUGGUAUUCAUCAGACACACAACACCAGGGAUGGAGUUUUCAAAAACAGUUUGCUGUAAAAUAAGCAGUAGAGAUGAAUGGUAAGCCCCACUCUGCAUUCAAGUACAACAGUAUUCUGUCAUGGUCUUUGAACUGUGUAGAUAAGAAAAUCAAUACAAAAAGCAAUUUGCAUUCACUACAAUCACAGUUCUCUCUGAUAGGACAACCAAAUGCCUUAGAGAUUACGAACAGUCAUUAAAGUAUUUAAAAUAGAUUGACUUACUAUAAUACUGAGUGCAGUUUUUAAAGGAAGGGGGAAAAAUUGAACUUUAUGACCUCUGAGUGUUACGAUAUUCAAAUCCUAUUUGAAUAUAUUCAGUGUCAUUUAAUAUUUGAGUGAUAUUCAGAAAAAUCCAUUGGAAUUUUCAUUCAGAUGCUCAGUAUAUUUUUAAUUUUACAUUCUUUAUUUGUCUGCUUUAUUUAGGUUUUGAAGGUUUCUUUAAAUAUUUUUACAAAAACUACAAAACACUACAGAGUAUUAUUUAUUGAAUAUAAUUCAUGAAACAAUCUAUUUUUAUUCCUCUUUGAGAAAUACUUGUGUUUUUGAUACAUCUCCAUUAAGUGCUUUUAAUGAGAGGAUAUUUUGAUGUUUUUAUAGAAGUGAUUGUUAAGGUAACAGGUAACAUAUUUUUAGGACAUUUUGCAGGUAACCCUUGCCUUUUCCUUGAGAUGUAGUCCUGGAAAAUUCACCGGAAAGGAGAUUAAGAACAAACCGUCCAUUUUACCUGUGAUCUGUUUUGCACAACGGCAAAGCUUUAGCUACGCAUUCUCACCACCAGAUGGUAUUGUCCUAUAAACUGAAACGUUAGCUUUGCCUAUUUCUGCUGGUUGUACCUCCCCUGCAUUGAGCACGGACAUGACAAGCAGCAGACUCCGGCAAGGUAGAUGGAGACAGGACCCCAGGAGAAGGGGCGUGGAUACAUGCUUGUUUAACCUAACCGGAGGUAGGUUACAGUGACAACAGGGACAGAUGAAACGAAAGCAGAGUACUUCAGAAACCGUCCAAAGGGCAGUUAGGAAAAUGUAAAACAACACAAGGAGGGACUGCCUAUUUAUGGGCUGCAAGAUUUAAAAAUAUUUGUAUUGUUUUUGCAUUAUGAAAAAACAAAUUUUGUGCGAUAGUUUUGAUGAAAGGUGGAAGUUCUGCCUAGUUUUGAGUGAAUUUUUUUUUAAAGGAUGAGAAUGUUACAGUGCUAAACUUGACAGAAAAGAAACCAUUGAAAUGCUGAUAAUUUUAGUAGUCUUUUAAGAAGUGUUGAGGGGGCAAAGACUACAAAUUAUGCCAUACAAAGAUAACCCUGUAACUCUGUUUUGGAUUGCUAACCUGAGUUUCAGUUAAUUCAGUUUGUAAUAACUAUUAAUGAUCUCUGUUUACAAUAAAGACUCUAAAUUGUU